AUGGGGCAAUACAGUGAUACUGUAACUCGUGCUCAAGCCUUGACCCUUAAAGCCGUGGGCUUGACAAAUACCCAAAUCCAGCAAGUUACCGGCAUCCCUCCACGGACUUUGAACGAUAUUCUCGACCGCGCAAUCAAGGCUGGAUACGAGCCUAUAACUUCUGACGGUGCUCUUGGCCGACUUGAUAGCUCCCACGUUGCUAACGCACCAAAGUCCGGCCGCCCUAGUAAACAAGAAGCUAUUCAGGAAGAGGUCCUUGCCAAGGUUCGUCGUGAUCGUUGCGGUCGUGAGAAGUCAUGCGCUCAAAUCGCCAUUGAACUA